GACCUCCCAAAGCGAAGCGAAGUGGAGGCCAAGGCUGGUUGUGUUGGAGCAGACGUACGGUAACUUCGUUCCCCACAAAACCCCUGAGGGGAGCCCCUGAUGCCUCUUAUGCCUCUUGUGUUGACAAAUCAAGCGCGUCGGGAAAGUCGGAAAGGUCGGAAAGUCCAAAAAGAAGUGCUGGACGGCAAGCUCCCAUUGCACGCAACCCCUCUCCCGCUCUCCACGACAUUGAGACAUAUAACAACGGAACUGCUUGUCUUCCUCUCCAUAGCUCUUCCAACCCUGGGGAACGCACUAUGUCAGCAGCGCACGCUUCAGCCUCCGCCGCCACAGGCUCCUCGCCGGCCCCACCAGGUCCUCCCAAAGCCAAAAGUUGCGGAGUAUGCACCGACUUCAAAACCAUCCGCCGCACAAAAGUCAAAAAGGACAAGAGCGGGCACUUGUCCACCUCCGCACUCCCAACUGCUGCCACCGCAGCAACCGCCGCCGCCUCGGGACCCACACCCGCUUUAUCAACUCCCUCCACAAGCACCCCCCCACAACCACACCCUUCAACCCCUUACACCCCGUUCCCCUGCCCCCCCGACUCAACCGACCUCGGGAACUCCUCCUGGACAUUCCUGCACACCCUCGCAGCCUACUACCCGCCCCAUCCAACCCCCGCAGAACAACUCUCUAUGCGCAAUUUUGUCUCGGCGCUCUCCCGUUUCUACCCGUGCGGCGAAUGCGCUUCUCAUCUGACGCGUGAGGUGAUUCGACACCCGCCUGCGGUUGAGAGCAGGGAGGCGCUGAGUAAAUGGAUGUGUGAGGUCCAUAAUGAGGUUAAUGAGCGGUUGGGGAAGCCGAGGUUUGAUUGUGCGAAGGUCGAUGAGAGGUGGAGGGAUGGAAGCGCUGGCAGUGACUGCUUUCCGGAUUUGCAGUGAGUUGGAGCGGUGGCGAGCAGCGAGCGAAGCGAGCGAUCGUGGCUGUCUGCGGCGAGCAAAGCCAGAGCGAACGCUUCGCAAAUGACAGAGAAGCGAUCCACAUUGCGGAGGCGCAAUCCUCCCUUCAGCUGCAGUUCUUCGCGAGCACUAGUGACCGAAGCGAGCAGCUCGCGCCCACCGACCAAUCGGUACCACCAAUCGACCAUUCGCUUCCGCCCACCGACCACUCGCUUGACAACCGAUCGCCAACGCUUACGAACCCCCUGCAUGAGAGGUGGAGCGUGGUGCAUUGCGCGUUAAUGUGAUGUGAUGCAAUCUCUAUGCUAGAACAAUGUAGAUGAUCCAUGUGGAAUGUGGCAGAUAAUAUUGUAGAUAGACACUGAUGAUGGAAAUAAAUACAAAAUCGUACGGCCUUGGGCGUAA